AUGAGUUUAGGAGCAGCAUGCGUCUUCCUGAGGGGAGGGAAGCAUAUUGACAGAGAGCUGGCCGAUGACGAAAUUGAAGAGCUGCGCGAGGCGUUUACUGAGUUCGACAAGGACAAGGACGGGCUGAUCAGCUGCAAGGACCUGGGCAACCUGAUGAGGACAAUGGGCUACAUGCCCACUGAGAUGGAGCUGAUCGAGCUGAGCCAGAACAUCAAYAUGAACCUUGGUGGGAGAGUAGACUUUGAGGACUUUGUUGAGCUGAUGGCCCCAAAGCUGCUGGCUGAGACUGCUGGGAUGAUCGGCGUGAAAGAACUGAAGGAYGCUUUCAAAGAGUUUGACGCGGACGGAGAUGGAGAGAUCACAACAGAGGAGUUACGAAACGCCAUGACCAAGCUGAUGGGGGAGCACAUGUCUCGAAGRGAGAUUGACGCUGUGGUACGAGAGGCUGACAACAACGGUGACGGGACAGUAGACUUUGAAGAGUUUGUUAGAAUGAUGUCACGCCAGUGAGGAGUACUUCUUGGAAAAAUAAUUAUUUCUCUCACACACACACGUUUGUAUUACUAUCCUUGUGGGGAUCAAACAAUUGAUUCCCAUUAAAAUCCUAUUUUCCCUAACCUCUAACCCUAAGCCUAAAAUAUCCUUGUUCCUUUUUGGGACAUGCGAAAUGUCCCCACACACACACACACACACACACACACACACACACACACACACACACACACACACACACACACACACACAAUUGAUACACAGCCACACAUUAACAGAAGGAGAGAAUGUCUAUGCAAUCUUCAGGAUGCUUUUAUGCAAUUUGAAAAAUGAUAUUAAUACAAUUAUUUUAUUAACACACACAUAAUACAAUAAAAAUAUAUAAUACAAUAAUUAAUAACAUGACCACAAAAUAUACGUUUUUUUUUCUCAAGCACAUACAUUGUUUUAUGUAAUUUGUAUAUAUAUGGGAAAUUAUGCAAUGCUAUUUGUCUAGCUUGUGUUUUGUUUUGUUUUUGAAGGUAUUCUACAAUAAAUUAUUCUGAAAAAAAUACUUUGGUUAUGUUAACCCUAUGUGAAAUGAGCAUUAACACACCAUUCUGAAUCCAAUUUCGRUUGAACAAUCACCCGUUAUCAAUGUCCAUGCAUAUGAUAUUUGGCAGACAUGAUCAAACAUAUGAUCUUGCAAGUAUCUCUACACUAAUGSGGCAUUCACAUGUUCGUYGGAUGAUUGAAACUUCCCAAUA